CCGGCUCUCCCAGCUGUUCUGCUCAGGCUGCAAACAUGAACGACAUCAAGCUGGCCCUGCUGGGCAGCAAAGGAGCUGGAAAAUCAGCGGUUCUAGUUCGGUUCCUGACAAAGCGUUUCAUCGGGGAGUACGCAUCCAACAGCAAUUCCUUAUACCGUAAAAGGCUCUCCAUUGACGGGAGACAGUUGAACUUGGAAAUGUUUGAUCCAUGCUCACAGACCAGUGAGGGCAGAUGCAUCCUGGAAGAGCCUGUAGAGUGGGCUGAUGGCUUUGUCGUGGUGUACAACAUCAGCGACCGCAUGUCCUUCCUCAACGCUAAAAACAUCCUGCGCCAGAUCAAAGAGACCCGAGGAGGAGAGACCUGUAAGGGGGACGUAGACAUUCCCAUCUGUCUGGUGGGAAACAGCAAGGACCUGUGCCACAGCAGGCAGGUGAGCGAGGAGGAGGCCCGCGCCGUGGCCCUGGAGAACAAGUGCCACUUCCAGGAGGUGUCGGCGGCCGAGGACUACCUGGAGAUCGCCAACCUCUUCACCAAGCUGAUGCGGCACGUGAUGGAGCACCUGAAGUACCGGGCCGACCGCCGGCGCUACAGCGGCUCCAAAUCCAUGGCCAAGCUUAUCAACAACGUCUUUGGCAAGAGGAGGAAGUCCGUUUGAGUGCGCUAGGGCUGCCAAGGAUGCAAGCUCAAUUAAAUGCCUCACUCUUACGAGUGUGAAAAAUCUGUAUUGUCUCCCAUGCAGAUGUUAGAUGUCAUGUUUCAGGCGACGUUUUGACUCUACACUUGGUGUAGUUAUAAAAUUUCUACUCUGUGUUUUAUGAGAGAGCUGUAAUUUUCUCUUGUGUUUCUAUUUUCUUCAUGACAGUUAGUUACAAGGAUCGGUUCGUCAUUCCAUACAAUAACAUACAAGGUAUAACAAGUUGGUAUAUGUGAACUGCAUACUACAAUAAUCAACAUGUCAUGAAGAACUCAAGAACUCCUUGAACAAAUGUUAUUUCUUUCUAAAUAGUAUUGCAGACUGCAUAAC